AUGACAUUUACAUCCAGUCGACCCGCAUCGACACCGACAGCUGCUUGCAUUGCAGCUACAGCAACCACCCACAAAUUCCAGAAAGUAUCCGACCAAGGCACCAUCACCGCCGCCCUUCGCGCCCUGAUGCCGACCCACCCCGUCUGCACCGAUGCCCUCGUUCUUGCCCGCACCCAUCUUCCCGCCACAAUUCUCUACCAUAGUUUUCGCGUCUACAUGUAUGCCCAAGCCUCCAUGCGGAUCACCCCUUGGACCGACCCGGCCGACCCUUCCUUGCCACUUAACUUCCCUGGCAUAGCACGCAUCAGCCCCGUCUACGGAGAAUGCGCGACCAGUACCCCGCCGCACAUCUUAUUCGUCGUCUGUAUUCUCCACGCCAUUGGGCUGGCUCCCGAGUACGAUGCCAUCGCAGAGCAGUUCGAGCUCAUUGGGGCGGACGUAGCCGCCCAUCUGCUACACUCGCAUAACAUCCCGGCCCUGGCGGUCCGCGAGGCUUGGUUGGCUAUCGCUUUACACACGAAUCCGACUAUUGCGGAGCGGUUGAGCGGUGCCGCGCGCGCUCUGCGAUUUGCCAAACGGGCGGAUUUUGGGUUUUGUCCCGUACCGCCGGCUGAUAGUCUGCCGGGAGGAGCUACUUCGGCGAAUUUGGUCAAGUGGCAGCUGCCAAGGCUGGAGAUCAAGAAGCAGCUUGGGGAUGCUAUUGUGCGACAGGCUUUGAAGGAAUCGCAGAAGGCCCCAAGGGGAUCUUGGGCAAGUGAGCUGGUUAGGGGAAAGGAGGAGCAUCCGGAUUGGGAGGGGAUUAAUAAGUGUUUCAACUUGUUUUAG